UAUAAAAUGUCAUAAUACCAUCUAGUAACAAAUAGUCAAGGAAAAAAUGCUAACACCAAAAUCAUUUUGUUUUUCCAUUGCACCAACAGAAAUCAACCACAGAAGAAAGUGCUACAGCUAAGCAACCAAUCAGCAUUUGUGCUUCCUUUUACGGAAAACUCUUUAGAUAGCUAUCAGUUUUGUUACUCUGUCAACUGCUGGACAUCAUCAGACAUGGGUGGGCUGCACAUAGUUCUGGCUGUUCUCUUAGGACAGGUUUCCUGCAGUCAUGGUCAAAUGUUUGGAUCAGUGGUGGAGGUCACAGUCAAACCAGGAGACAACUUCACUCUCUACUGUGACUGCAAAGUGGCAACUGGAGUUUACAUAGUGUGGUUCAGGAACAGCUACAAUGAGAACAAGCCCACUCUCAUUAUGAAAACAUUUCAACGAAAGAACUACAACCCUGAUGGUACCAAUUAUCUCAUGUCCAUCUUAAAUUUUCACUUUGUGAGGAAUUCUUCUUCGAAUUCCUAUGACCUGCUGAUUAAGGACUUCACUGAUUCUAAUGAGGGUCUGUACUACUGCGGAACAGAAGAGAGCAAGGUGGAGGACGAAGAAUACAUAACCCAAAAAUUGAUUUACAAUUACGGCAAUAUUACAAGACUCAUAUGUAACUCCAGCCUUCAGGUUCCACAUGACGAGAGGCAACAAGGCUGUGGUUCCUGCUGGACGCUGCUGUUUGCUCUGUGUCCCGUAUUUGCCAUUUUCUCCUGUCUUCUCACCUCACUAGUGGUUUAUUACCGAUGUCAGAACAAAGUUGGAAAAGUCAAUCAACAACUGGACACUGGUGGUCAAACAAGACAGAAUCAGGAGGGAGAUCUUUGUUAUGCUGCACUGGAAAUUCGUCAACCAUCACAGAGGCCAAGGACGAAGAAUCGCAAGAGCUCUGACUUCAGCACCUAUGCUGCCAUUAAUACUUCGAGUCUGUAGAGGGAUUUAAAAUUUAAAAAAAACACUGUGAAUAAUGAGAUAGGUAAUUCAGCUUUCCACAUUUGACUGUAAAUACCUGUUUUCAUUAACUCUAAUGUGAAGUCCAACAUUUUUGUAAUCUACACCACUAAACUAAUGGAUUUGCUGUAUUUCUUUAAAUUGUUUUUUUAAGACAUACAGGCCACACAGUCGCCAGGAUGUAACACAGUAAACUUUGACUGAUCAUUGUUAGUAAAGGCAACAGGAAAACUACCACAUGAAAGAAACCAGUGGACAUUUAAAGGUUAACGUAGGUUAACGUACAAACAAACUGAAUCUUCCACUUAC